AUGGCUUCUUUCGGGCACGCGUUCUACAACCUCUACCUACACCCUCUUCGCCACUUCCCUGGACCUAGAUUGUACGCUUCUAGCCGACUACCCUACGCAGUCGGCUUGUGCCGUGGGACCAUCAACAAGACCGUCGCCGAGGCGCACAAAAAGUAUGGCGAGGUGGUUCGGAUUGCCCCUGACGAACUAUCAUUCAUCUCUGCAGACACUGCAUGGUCGGACAUAUACGGCUUUCGUGGAGCGAAAAGGCCCGAGUUUGGAAAGGAUCCCCUGUGGUAUCCAACACAGCCCAAUGGCGUACGAAGUCUUUUGUCAUCGACUCGCGAGGACCACUCAAGAAUUCGGCGCGUCUUCUCGCAAGGCUUUUCGGACAAGGCUUUGAGAAACCAGGAAUCUCUAAUCCGGGGAUACAUCGAUAAGCUUAUGGCACGUCUCUUGGAAAAGAGGAACACUCCCGUCGACUUGGUUCGGUACUUCAACUAUACCACCUUCGACAUCAUUGCCGAUCUUACUUUUGGUGAGUCUUUCGGCUGCCUAGACAGCGACGACUACCAUGACUUUAUCCCUGCAAUCCUGGGGGCUCUUAGGGUGGUCAACAUCUUACAAGCAAUCAACUACUACAGGACUAUCAACAAGAUAGCUUCUGUAUUUUUGGCUCUGCUUAGCAAGAUAUCAACACCAGUCCAUAUCCUAUUCCACAACUUUGUUGCUGGAAAGGUCGACAAACGCCUCGCCAUGGAAAUGCAGCGCCCAGAUUUCAUUACAGCGGUUAUGAACCAGACCGAAGAAAAGGGAGGACUCACCGAAGAGGAACUGAAGUCCAAUUCGGUUCUUUUUCUCAUAGCUGGAAGCGAGACGACUGCUACGAUGAUGUCAGGGACAACUUUCGCCCUUCUCAAGCACCCGGAAGCAAUGAAGAAGCUCUGCUAUGAGAUUCGUACAGUCUUCCAUAGCGAGGAGGAGAUAACCUUUGAGAGUGCAAGCCACCUUCCCUACCUGCAAGCCGUCAUACAUGAGGGCCUGCGUAUGUACCCUCCUGUUCCUACCGGCUUUGCCCGUAGGGUUCCCAAAAAUGGCGAAACUGUCAGUGGCUACUAUUUGCCUGAGAAUACCUCUGUCUAUGUUUCCCAAUACGCUGCCUAUCACGAUACACGAAACUUUACGAACCCAGACCAGUUUAUCCCGGAGAGAUGGCUUGAUGAUCCAAAAUACGGGAGUGAUAAGAAAUCUGUCUUCAUGCCCUUCUCAAAUGGACCGAGGAAUUGCAUGGGUAAGAACCUUGCCUAUGCCGAGAUGCGCUGUAUUCUUGCGCGCAUAUUUUUCAAGUUUGACAUGGAGCUGGUCGAUGAGAAUGUUGAUUGGUUCGACCAAAAGGUAUUCCAGUUGUGGGAGAAGGAACCGCUUAUGGUUAAACUUUCGGAUGCUUCUAAGUGA